UCUAGAAGUCACAAGUCGGACGUUGGGUAGGAGUGUAAUGACCAAAAUAUUAUUGUAUUUUCAAAGUUCUGAACAUGAAUUUUAAUGCGAAUACUUAUAAAAAAAUACCAGAAGGUAUUGAAAUGCAUAUUUCUGCAUUAAUAGACCUUUGCGUUGAGCGAAUUCAUUUAUAUAAAGUGAUGGAACAAGCCAAAUUCCAGCAAUUGAAACCUGGAACCAGAGAAUGGAAUGCCUUCAUGAAAAAUGAAGUAAAAACUCUAAAGCUGAAGACUUAUGAUAUAUUACUUCAACAAGAUGAAAAUGUAAAAGUCACUAAAGCUAGACAAGAUGAUCAUCUUGCUCACUGGCUUCUCAGUUUAUGUUACUGCAGGACAGAUGAACUGAAGUACAAUUUCAUCAAGUGGGAAUUACAAUGGUUCAUGUUGCUGUACAAACAAAUGACAAAAAUUGAAAUCCAACAAUUCUUUGUAAACAAUAAUUUCACUUAUGAAUAUGUCUCAUCAAGUGAGAAAAAUCUAUUAGAACAGUGCACAGGUUAUGACAAAAGCUUGCAGUGGUAUAAAGCACCAUUUCACACAAUAUCAACACAUUUAAUAUCUUGUAGAAAGAUAUUUCUACAUAAAGGAAUAGCAUAUUUUCCAGAAACCUAUACCAUUUGCUGUGUAAGAGAUUUCUUGAUUAAACAAUUUGCAAAACAGCUUUCAUGGAAUAAUAGAAUGCUAACAAUGUGUUUAGCAGAUGAACGUAUAGAGUAUUUACUCAAAACAAUACCUAUUUUCACUAGUUCAAAAUACAAAUUGGAGCCAUUAAAAACAAUUAAUCUAGACAAUAUGGAUGACUUUGCCAAGGAUCACUAUCCAUUAUGUAUGCAAAAUAUCCAUAAUUCUCUGAAAAAAGACCACCAUUUGAAAUAUGAUUCUAAAAUGCAAUAUGGUGUAUUUCUGAAAUGGUUAGGAUUAUCAUAUGAAGAUGCUAUGGUAUUUUGGGAAAAAGAAUUUACAAAGAAAAUGACCAAAGAUCUUUUUACAAGAAAGUAUUCAUAUCUAUUCAAGCACCAGUAUGGAAUGGUAGGUGGUAGAAUCAACUAUCCUUCUGAGUCUUGUGAAAAAAUUCAAUGUUCCACUCCCACAGCUAAUCAAUGCCAUGGUUGCCCAUUCAAGCACUGGGAUAGAGAAAUUCUAUUGAAAAAACUACAAGAUGAUCCAAUCAGUUUGGGUGAUAUUGAAAAUAUAGCCAAUUUGGUGAGUGGAAAAGAAUAUAAAGGUGCUUGUACUGUAUAUUUCAAUGCCAAACACAAUGUUAUCAGGGAUACUAUCAUUCAGAGUCCCAAUCAGUAUGCUGCUGAAAGUUAUGAGGCUGAACACAAUCUGAACAAUUUGAUGGAAUCUCUUUGUUUGAGAUUAGACCCUUGAAAAUACUCAAGGACUGGACUAUUAUUGAGAUUCAUUUGUUAUAUUAUCAAUAAUUUAUAUUUAUUUAUAUGAUAAUCCACUCAACAUAAAUAUAAGUUUGAUCCU